UCAGGCGCGCUCAGCUGAGCCGGGCACGAGCGAGCCGGCGGGCGGGCGAGCGCGUCCGCCGGGUGUCCGAGCGGGGUUGGCGCGGCGCCGGGGCGGAGCGGGUGUGGCGGCUCGGCCUGCGCGGUGGCCGCGGACAGAGCAAACUGUAUCAUGAAAUUGAAGGACUUUUGAAAGAUGUUUGAAAUUUAGUGCCCAUAUCUAUCGUCUGUCUUCUCACCCUUAAAAAAAGAAUAAAUGGGAUGUUUCAGAAGAGAGCUGUAUAAAAAGAAGAGUGUUGCAAAUGGCUUCAGAAUCUACCAAUGGGAAACAAAUUAGGAGUCACGUGACAAGGGGGCGGCGUCAGCAGCAACAGCAGCAGCAGGUGAGGAGCAGGUCCUCCGGCAGUGAGUGCGAUGGCGACGACUCCUUCAUCUUCGAAGCCAACGAAGCCUGGAAGGACUUUCACAGCUCUCUCCUGGGCUUCUAUGAAAACGGGGAGCUCUGUGAUGUCACAUUAAAGGUUGGCUCAAAGCUGAUCUCUUGUCACAAACUGGUCUUGGCUUGUGUGAUCCCCUACUUCAGAGCCAUGUUUCUUUCCGAAAUGUCUGAAGCCAAGCAGGCGCUAAUUGAGAUCCGAGACUUCGACGGUGAUGCCGUGGAGGACUUGGUGAAGUUUGUCUACUCUUCACGGCUCACUUUGACAGUGGACAAUGUCCAGCCUCUGCUGUAUGCAGCAUGUAUUCUGCAGGUUGAACUGGUGGCCAGAGCUUGUUGUGAGUACAUGAAGUUGCAUUUUCAUCCCUCUAACUGCCUGGCAGUUCGAGCCUUUGCAGAGAGCCACAACCGGAUAGACCUGAUGGACAUGGCGGACCAGUAUGCCUGUGAGCACUUUACUGAGGUGGUGGAGUGUGAAGACUUUGUGAGCGUGUCCCCGCAGCACCUCCACAAGCUCCUCUCCUCCAGCGACCUCAACAUUGACAGCGAAAAGCAGGUCUACAGUGCCGCCAUCAAGUGGCUUCUCGCCAAUCCGCAGCAUCAUCCUAAAUGGCUGGACGAGACACUUGCACAGGUCCGUCUGCCAUUAUUGCCGGUUGAUUUUCUUAUGGGUGUCGUGGCGAAAGAACAGAUUGUCAAGCAGAAUCUUAAAUGCAGAGAUCUGUUGGAUGAAGCAAGAAAUUAUCACCUUCAUUUGAGCAGUAAACCAGUUCCUGACUUUGAAUAUACAGUUCGGACUACCCCAAGGAAGCAUACUGCUGGUGUGCUGUUUUGUGUGGGUGGUCGAGGUGGGUCUGGUGACCCCUUUCGUAGUAUUGAAUGCUAUUCUAUCAACAAAAACAGCUGGUUCUUCGGACCAGAAAUGAACAGCCGCAGACGACAUGUGGGUGUAAUCUCUGUGGAAGGGAAAGUGUACGCAGUGGGCGGACAUGAUGGAAAUGAACACCUAGGUAGCAUGGAGAUGUUUGACCCUCUCACUAAUAAAUGGAUGAUGAAGGCAUCGAUGAACACCAAGAGGCGAGGAAUUGCCUUGGCCUCCUUAGGGGGCCCAAUAUAUGCAAUUGGAGGGUUAGAUGACAAUACGUGCUUCAGUGACGUGGAAAGAUACGACAUCGAGUCUGACCAGUGGAGUACAGUGGCGCCAAUGAACACUCCCCGUGGAGGCGUCGGCUCUGUGGCUUUAAUCAACCAUGUUUACGCAGUGGGUGGCAACGAUGGAGUAGCCUCCUUAUCCAGUGUGGAAAGGUAUCACCCGCACCUGGAUAAGUGGAUAGAAGUGAAGGAGAUGGGUCAGCGAAGAGCCGGCAACGGGGUCAGUGAGCUUCACGGUUGUUUGUAUGUUGUUGGUGGUUUUGACGAUAAUUCCCCUCUGAGUUCGGUGGAACGGUACGACCCUCGAAGCAACAAGUGGGAUUAUGUAGCAGCACUUACCACUCCCAGGGGCGGCGUGGGGAUUGCAACAGUGAUGGGCAAAAUCUUUGCAGUUGGCGGCCACAAUGGCAAUGCAUACUUGAACACAGUGGAGGCAUUUGAUCCCGUACUGAAUAAGUGGGAGCUGGUCGGACCUGUGUCUCACUGCCGAGCUGGUGCCGGUGUGGCCGUGUGUGACUGUUUAACUAGCCAGAUCCGAGACGUAGGCCAUGGGUCCACAAAUGUGGUUGACUGUAUGUGAUUAAGUCCCAGCAACUAGGACGAAAUACCAGCUGAUGGACAGAAAGACAACAGGCCUUUAUACAUGGCUCAUUUGACUGUGACUACAGUGACUGUCUCUGAAUGUCAGCUGUUGUAAGUACGUCUGUGGACUGAUGGCUAGUUAUAAAGUUAAGUGAGCUGUUUCCCUGCUUCAGCAAACAGUGGAGCAGGCCGGAAGCAGCCUAUCUGUGAACCCAUUCUUGUUCUGAGAGAUGUUUCAUAUAGUGCCAAACCUUAAAAUUGCUGUUUAUUUUGAUGAAUGAAAUAUAAUUUAUUGAGUUUUA